AAAGGUCACUACUCUAGGAAAUGUGAUCUGCCCCCUAAAAAGAGAAAGGAUGCAAAUAUGGUCAAAGUUUAUUCUAACCUUAAUUUGAAAGAUAAAGAAGAAAAUUAUGAAGAAGUUUAUGCUACUCCAAAAGUAAGGGUCACCCCAUAUACUACUAAUAGGAGGAAUGUCAAAGAGAAAAGUAAAAGGAUAUCUAAAUCUCAACAAGAAAUAAGAUUAAGAAAUAGAAAUAUAAGUAAACUAAUUCCUAUUACUACCACUCUGAUGAACAUUGAAGAAGGAAGUUCAACUCUAAAAGUUAAGAAAUUUCGAAGAAAAAUACCACGCAUCCCCACUGUUAUUGACCAAUUAGCUUCUUAUAAUGUCACUAAAGAUAUUCUAAACUUAUCUUCAUCUGUAAAACUUGAGCAAUGGUUAAAAUAUCCAGAUCAAAGAAGAAACUUAGCUAAU